AUGAGUUUAUCAUUUUCUUCGGUGGCAGCAACGCCUUCUUGCAUCAUCGGAAGCAAUAGGCAACCAUCUUCUACAAGAUUUCAUGUUAUAAGGUCGGAAGUGACAGCAGCUCCCAAGCAUAGAACAGCGAGCGCGUUUCCCCAGUUGUCAAAACAAGGAGUUCCUCUUGCUGACUUACACGUACAAGAGGUUGUUCACAGACAGUCUCAGCCUCAUGUUGCCACUGUUAUUAGUCCUUCUACCAAGCCACCCAGUUUUCUGAAGGAUGCCUACGAAAUGUGCAGAAAUAUCUGUGCAGAAUAUGCCCAGACCUUCUAUCUAGGAACUUCGCUUAUGACGGAAGAAAGACAGAAAGCUAUAUGGGCAAUUUACGUUUGGUGCAGGAGGACUGAUGAACUGGUUGAUGGUCCUAACUCUGUCCAUAUGAGCUCUGCCGUUCUUGAUAGGUGGGAAGAUAGAUUGCAUGGCCUUUUCAAUGGACAUCCCUAUGAUAUGCUUGAUGCUGCUCUUACUGAUACGGUUUCCAAGUUUCAUUUGGAUAUUAAGCCUUUCAGAGACAUGAUAGAAGGAAUGAGAAUGGAUACAAGGAAAUCCCGAUACAAGAAUUUCCAAGAGUUAUAUCUUUACUGCUACUACGUGGCGGGAACUGUUGGCUUAAUGAGUGUUCCAGUAAUGGGUAUUGCCCAUGAGUCUGUCCUCCCUGUUCAAAGUGUAUAUAAUGCUGCACUAUAUCUGGGAAUAGGAAAUCAACUCACAAACAUUCUUAGAGAUGUGGGGGAGGAUGCAUUAAGAGGUAGAGUCUACCUUCCCCAAGACGAGCUUGCCCAGUUUGGUUUAUGUGACGACGAUGUUUUGUCAAGAAACGUCAGUGAAAGAUGGAGAAAGUUUAUGAAACAGCAGAUUACAAGGGCAAGAUUCUACUUCAACCGGGCAGAAGAAGGAGUUUCUCAGCUUGAUAAGGCCAGUCGUUGGCCGGUUUGGUCCUCAUUAAUAUUGUAUCGUAAGAUCUUGGAUGCAAUUGAAGACAACGACUAUGACAAUUUGACAAAGCGAGCCUAUGUAGGACGAACUAAGAAAUUUGUGCUGUUGCCUCUAGCUUAUACAAGAUCUCUCUCAAAUCCCAAAACGAAACUUCAUUAUCUACCAAAUUAG